AUGAUUAGGAAUUCUCCUUCUCAGUUUCACUGUUUCCUCGUAAUGCAUCUCUCUCUCCUCAUCACGGUGGCUACUGCGCAGUUCGGCGGACAGGUCUUAGAUACGGAGCUCUGGUGCGUUGCGAAGAAUAACGCCGAGGAUUCGGAACUCCAAACGGCUAUUGACUGGGCUUGUGGUCCCGGAGGCGCCGAUUGCGCCGGGAUCCAACAAGGCGGACCUUGUUACGAUCCGACUGAUAUGUUGAAAAUGGCUUCGUUUGUUUUCAACAAUUAUUACUUGAAGAAUGGUCUUGCAGAUGAAGCUUGCAACUUCAGUAACAACGCAGCUCUUACUUCUCUGAAUCCUAGUCAGGGAACAUGCAAAUUUCCUUCAAGUAAGAGAGUAAGCAAUGGCAGUGUCGUGGAUGGCACUUCAACGCAGGGAACAACUGCACCAGAAUACUCAGACUUGAGCCGAGGAAAGCGGAUUUGUAACAGUUGGACUUUACGCUUAGUCAUUUUAGGCCACGUUGUGAUGAUGACACGGAUAAGCCAUCAUCUUUAG